UACAUCGUGCACCUGUGUAACUCCUUGGAGCUGAACUAACUGCAAAGCUGGAUUUAAAAACGUAGAAGCAGAACAGUUAUCGUGAAGCCACAAUGACUCAUGCAUUGUCAGAUCUGUGCCACAGUCCGAUGUUAGUCCUGGCCAUAUUUGUGCUGGGGAUCGGUGGGACGUUUCAGUAUGGCUUUCAGAUAUCAGUGCUCAACUCUCCAUCUCCUUACAUCAAGAAGUUCUUGAAUGAGACGUGGCUGAUGCGCUAUGGCGCCGCCCUGGAGGACUGGAAGCUCAAUUUAAUCUGGUCCUUCAUCAUUUCUUUGUAUGCUGUCGGAGGGCUCAUUGGAGCUUUGAACGCAGGGCAUCUCGCUGUGAAGUACGGCAGGAAGAGGUGCCUUCUGUCAAACAAUUUUGUCGCCAUAGCUGGUGGGGUGAUGAUGGGGCUGAGUAGAAGGGCUCAGUCUUUCGAGAUGAUUAUGGUGGGGAGAUUCCUAUACGGAAUUAAUGCAGGAAUCAGCCUGAAUGUUCAAACCAUGUAUCUGGGGGAGAGCGCCCCCAAGAGGCUGCGUGGGCUCGUCUCCAUGACCGUCUCCACCUUCCUGUCCACUGGCAAACUGUCUGGCCAGUUGCUUGGGCUCAAUGAAAUUCUAGGUUCUGAAGACCUUUGGCCUGUCCUGUUGGCUUUCAGUGUGGUCCCAGCCCUGAUUCAGUUAGUCAGCCUGCCUUUCUUUCCAGAGACUCCCCGUUACCUCCUCAUAGACAAGGGAGACCAGGUACAGUGUGAGAAAGCUAUACAGCGGCUGUGGGGAAAAGGGGAUUACAGAUCUGAGAUUCAUGACAUGGUGCUGGAACACGCAGCAAUCAAAGGGGAAAAGUCCAAGAGUGUCCUGGAGCUGAUCCUAGAAAAGUCGUUGAGAUGGCAGCUGUUGACGGUCAUUGUCACCUUCACCACCCUGCAGCUCUGUGGCAUCAAUGCAAUCUAUCUCUACUCGUUUGAUGUGUUUCGUGCAGCCGGGAUUCCCACACACCAGGUCCGCUACGUGGCUCUGGGAACCGGGCUUUGUGAAAUUUUCACCUCAUUGUUUUGUGGUCAUGAUUAUAGAUUAUAUAGAUGUUAUAGCUAGAACCUUUUUUUUUGUUGCUAUCACACUGGAGAAAAGUGAAACCAUUUAUCAUCCUAAUAAAGAAUCGCAGACCCAUGUAUCAAAAACAUCCUUUUACAGCACACAGCGGCUUUCGAACACGCACCUGAUCUCAUUCAAAACGGCAAAUCAUUAAAAAAAUGCAAAAAUAAUAAAAAUAAUAAA